AUGGGCAUACCACACCUUCGAAGACAGCUUGAGGCCUACGCAGAGAGGACUGUGAUAGAGCCUUGCGAUGUGGUUCUAGACGGUCCAGCGCUCGCAUACCAUGUGUUGAAUCUUUGUUCCAGGGGAACACGCAGCACCAGUCCCUUCGAGCAGCCGUCCUACGACGUACUCGGUCGAACUGCCGUGGCCUGGCUGAAUAAGAUCCAGGCAUGCGGGCUUUCAGUCGCCGCCAUAUAUUUCGAUAGCUAUUUGCCAAGCUCGAAGCGGCCUGAGCGACUCCAACGCCUCCUCAAGUGCUCCCGGGAUCUAAUCAAGUACCACUCAUCAAGACUAUCAGGGGUACCCGGGAUUGACCAUCGCCGUGCUAGUGAUGCUCAGGUCGAGUUGUUUCCCGAUUCCUGGCCCGGCGACGGUUCGAAGAAGCCAAAGCCGCCGCCGCCACCAUUCCUUGUGCCAGCAAUCAUCGAUGCACUGCGGUGCUCACCAGUUUAUCAACAUCUCGUCAAACUUGUCCCUGGCGAGGCAGACGUGUUUUGUGCCCGACAUGUCCGGUCGAAGGCCGGUUUGGUGCUGACAUCCGACUCUGACCUGCUCAUUUGCGACCUUGGCCCGGACGGAGGUAUUGUGUUCUUCUCAGAUAUUGAUUUGGAUUCCGAGAGGCAAAGGCUUAUCAGUCUCCAAUACCGACCUGUAGACAUCUGCAGGCGGCUGUCCAUCAAGCCUGAAACGGGCCUUCUCUACCUCGCCUUCGAGAUAAGCAAUGACCCUCACCUUACCCUGAAACAGGCCGUUGAGAGGUCCAAGAGAGUUGAAGCAGACGCUACCCCCCGUGAGGAAUACUCCGAGUUCAUCAAGCAGUAUAUUUCACCGGAAGUUGCGACAGGCUUCGAGACAGAUCAAGCCCUGAUUCUCGACCCACGGGUGUCCGAGAUUGCCCUCCGGUCCGUCCUAUCCUCGGACAUGUGGCCCUCAAAUGAUGAGUCGACAAAGUCAAUUUGCAUUGACACUCAGCUCGAGAUGUACCUGCCAUUUCUGCUCGACUGCCCGUCUCGGGUAAGCUCGUGGGAAGCAAGCAAGCCUUUGAGGCAACUAGCAUACUCGAUCUUGCAGUCUGCUCACGGCGGCGAGAUACCCUCGGUAUCGGAGAUGAGAAGACUGCAAUCGAUUACCACCGGAGUGCGUGUGGACGUUCCAAGCCCUCUCGAAAUCGAUAAAACCGCCUCUUCAUUGCUAGCACUUUUGUCCGAAAUAGACGCUGCUAUUUCCAAACCUGAGGUGGCCUGGACGGUCUUAUCCAUCUACCAGGAUAUCGUAAUGACUAUGGACCGCGCCAGAGCGUGUCCGCUUAGUCUCGAACUCCUUGAGAAAGAGGCCAGAGGAAGACUGGACACAUGCUCCUGGGAAUUCUUACAUUUUCUCGCGCAAACGCAGGCUACUUUAUACUCGCUAAGGAUGCUCCGACAAAUACUGGAAUUUGUGGCGUACAACGCUGGGCCUUUACCACCACCUACGUCUGAGCUGGCAAGUUUUUUGUCCAGCGUCCCGCCACUGCCAGAAUUUCCUUAUCCCAGGCGCUUUGCAGACACACUUAGGAAGGUCCGAGAAGAAGGGGGCCUCUCUUGCCUGAUGAGCCUUUGUGCGGAUUUCGAGGACAUUGUCUCACUUAUAAAAUCUGUUCUGCGCCCAGAAGAAACCAAAAAGACCAAGAAAAGGAAAGCAGCCUCAUCCAUGGGAGAGAGCCAAAGCAAAUCACGCUCCAGCAACCCUUUCGAUCUCUUGGAUCGCGACGAGGACUAG